AAUUAGAUAAUAAAAAUUUAUAAUAUAUGUUAUAAUUAAUUAAUACUUCUUAAAAAACAUAUAGCUUUUUUUUUAUUAAAAACAAAUAUUUCAAUUAUUAAUUAAUUAAUUACAUUACAAAAGAGUAGUUAGUUAGCUAAUAGAAUUAUAGUAGAUUAAGUAAAUUAUAAGCUUUAGUUAGCAAGCAGAUAUUUUUAAAUUAUCUCAUAGUUUUAAGGUUAGCAAGCAUGUUUAUAGUUGCUUAUGCGGAGUUAGGAUGCUUGUGCAUAUUUAUCUUAUGGUUUAUUUAGCAUCAUAGUAAUAAAGAAGUCUCGUUAUUUGUUAAAUUGGUUGUGUUCAUUGACUGGUUUUUAAGUUUUGGUUAAAUCCUUCUUCUACCUGUUGAUGUUUACUUAAAAAUAUAUUCUUAGCAAAAUAAUAUUCCUUAAGAAGACAUUCCAGAAUUCUUCACUCUUAAAUUAGUACACGGAAUAUAUUUCUGGUUAGUUAUGCUUUUAUGUUGGAUAAUUAUACCACUUAUGGAGGAUUAUUAGGAAUGUGGCUACUUAGAUCAUGAAAGAAAGUGGUAGUACACUUUGAAAAAGAAUACAUAAUUCUUUGGUAUAGUUGGAGGAUUAACUAUUGUUUCAGUUGUAAUUCUUGAGUCAACAGAUAUGAUGAAUGGAUACGGGUUAAUAACAUUCCUUAAAAGUUUAGCAAAUUGCUGGGGUAUUUUUUAAAUCAUGAUUCUUUUAGGAUAUUCCCUAGUAACAGUACCUAGAUCUCAUUUUCGUACUACAAACGAUAAGUUAUAAAUGAAAUAUCUAUGUUUCAGAGCUGCUUAAAUCAAAAAAGAAUAAGAAGAAUCUUUCUUAGAGCUUAUUUCUAACCUUAAAGACGUACUAGAAAUAAAAAGAAUUGAAAAAUCUUCUAAAGAUAUUCUCUUCUACUGUGAUAAUAUAAUCCACUUAGUUCCUGCAAAAAUAAUUAAGUUAGCUUAAUAGGAGCCUGAUAUAGAAGAUAAAGAUAGCUAGCGUUCAUACUCAUAAAAGAAAAAUAUCCAUUACACAUUUGAUAGUGUAGUAGAGCUAAGAAAGUAAGUUAAGCACAACUGGUCUGAAUUCAGAAGGUCAGGCAGUAAUUGGAAAUCUCUUUUAAAGAAGGCUUUCUGGUUAUAAGAUAUAAUUAGUAAUUAAGAUAAUGAAUCUAAAAAAGUCAUAGAGUCUACUCUAAGAAAACCUAGAACAGGCUUUUAAGCUGAACUCCGUAAUAAAGUAGAAUGGUACUGGUACAUGAGUACUAAGAAGUAAAUUAAGGCUAUCUGGAGUGUUUUUUUAUCAGCUAUGAGUAUAAUUGUGCUUCUAAGUGAAAUAAGUCUGUUUUGGGACAAGGAUUUAUCUAUUUUGGGUUGGUUUGUUUAGGCUCUACUUUCAUUUGAACUUAGUGUUUUUGGUGUCUAAAUAGUUACCCUUAUUCCUUUACUUUUUAUGAUUUUUAAUGUUUAUUAUGGUCUUUUUAGAUUAAAAAUCAGUGGAUUCUUCGGUUUGUAUCCUAAUAAACACACUGAUGCUGCUAGUCUUUUAUUUGCAUCUGUUAAUUUCUCACGUGUAGCUGCUCCUUUGUGCUAUAAUUACCUAGAAAUGAUAAAUAUUACUGACACAGCUUUUAAUAAAGUACUUGGAAAUGUUAAUAUUGUACCUGUUUUAGGUUCAGACUUCACUAAUUUUUUCCCUUCACUACUCGUUUUGUUUUGUCUAUUCAAUCUAUUUGAUCUCUAUGGUAAGGUACUUUCUCUAUUUGGACUAGAAAGUUUCUAAUUCACCGAUACCUACAAUAGUAGUUUGAUUGAAGAAGGCUAAGAUUUGAUCAUGAAAGCUAGAAAAAAAGAAGAAGAAAAAUUAUAAGAUCCAAGCACAAAAGAAAUUCAACUUUAGGAUGUUGAUAACAAAUCUGAAGAGAUUCCUACUUAAAAGAUAGAAAAUAAAAAAAUAGAUGUAGAAGAUAGAUAAACAUAUUUAGAAAAAUUAUUAGAAGAUGAAGAUUUAUGAUCAAUUAAAUAAGAUAGACUUAAUUAAUUUAUAGACGAAAAAUUAUAUUUUAAUUUCAACGAACGAAGUGUUUUUUUUAAAGAUUCUUUUUAAAUUUGUUUAUAUUUUUCAUGACUUUAAACUAAUUUUAUUCAUUUUAAAAUUAUUUUAUAUAAUUGUCAAUAAAUUUGUAUGGAUUGCUUGAUUUCAUAAUAUAAUUUAAAUACUAGUAACCUUAAUUAUAAACUUAAUGUAACAAAGC